AACAGACGCCCGCCCACUCUGCCACACGCUGCUGCGCAGUCUGCUGCCGGCCACCUGCUGCCCGCUCGACUGCGCAUCACCGCUAUCUGCAGCCCACAUCAUUACCGCCCGCAUUGCGGACGCCGCGACACCGCGCACAAACACCCGCCGCGCCAACGACAGCGACNNNGCGCAGCUGCCACCGCCCAUCUCCUCGCCCGCACGCUCUCUGUGCACGCCGCUGGCAUCGCGCAUGCAGUAGGCCGGCGACGCGACACCGCCCUGAUCAUCGCCAGGCAUGACCACGAGUGGUCCGUCGACGGCUCUCGCUGGCGCAGGCGGUACCAGAGCGGCGCCGCGAUCUGUGCAGGCCGAGUCGAUCAAGGAGAAGAAGGACUUGGCCAGCUGGUGGAAGAACUUCAAGCGCAGCGACAAGAAGCCGCAGGAUCAAGCAGCUCCGCAAGGUAUCUUCGGCGUCCCUCUACAGCAGAGCAUUCGCUACGCGAAUGUCGCAAUUAGCCUAUUCAACGAUGAGGGCCAGAGCUACAUAUAUGGCUAUGUGCCCAUUGUAGUAGCCAAGUGUGGCGUGUUCCUCAAGGAGAAAGCCACCGAUGUUGAAGGCAUUUUCCGCUUGGCGGGCAGCGAGAAGCGUAUCAAAGAGCUCAAGGUAGCUUUUGACAGUCCUGAUAGAUAUGGUAAAGGGCUGGACUGGACCGGCUACACCGUGCACGAUGCCGCCAACAUUCUACGCCGCUACUUCAACCAAUUGCCAGAGCCCAUUAUUCCCCUCGAAUUCUAUCAACGAUUUCGCGAUCCUCUGAGAAACCACCAGGCGCAGGCCGUGGGCGCUCUGGAGUCGCAAAGUCCGAGCCAUGGCGAGUUCGACCACGAAGCGGCAAUCCGAGCGUACCAGGCUCUCAUCACGGAGCUACCGCCAUUGAAUCGCCAACUAUUGCUCUACAUUCUUGAUCUCCUGGCAGUGUUCGCUAGCAAGUCCGACUUGAACAAGAUGACCACCCCCAAUCUUGCAGCAAUCUUUCAGCCAGGAAUCCUCAACCAUCCGCAGCAUGACAUGGCACCGCAGGAGUACCGCCUCAGCCAAGACGUUCUAAUAUUCCUGAUAGAGAAUCAAGACAGCUUCCUUAUCGGUAUGCAGGGGACUGCUGCUGAUCCUGAGACUGUGCGGGAAGUGCAGAGCGGUGCACAUACCAAACCCGCAGGUUCACCCACGACCCCAACGCGCGCGAAAACCACUGUUGGACGAUCGAGCUCCAGCUCCAGCGUGGCCGCCGAGAGCGUUCGAAAAUGGGGCAGCAUCCGACGAAACGUGUCUGUCUCCAGCAAACAUAGCAAAAGAUCUGAAAACGGACCGAGUGCGAACUCGCCUGCGCCCGGGACACCCACCACUGGUGUGAAUCGGAGUAAUACCGUGCCAUCACGAAGGGGUGUGGGUGGCGCACAAUCCCCUCGUUUCCCACGCGAAAGGGAAUCUUCGGAUCCGUCUACGCCACGAGCUCCUGAUAGUGCUUCAGGCCAAACUCCGCAGUUGCACAGCACUACUGAGCAACAACCGUACUCGGAGACCCAUAGCUCUGUUCAGAACACUCCAGUCGCUGCGACGGCGCCAGUAUUUCCGGCCCCGCCUGAGGUGACUUCUGCGUCGUCCAGCGAAGCCACGACUCCAAUGGCAAACAUUGCUGGCGAUAGCACCGCUGACUAUCAUACACCCCGUAAAGAUACUGCACCUUUACUGGCGCCUGUCAGCGGCGGUAUCCUGGCUGGUACUGCGGAACGAUCAGCUUCCAAUACUCCUACGACAACGUCAGUCUCGAGCCGCAAAUUUCUCGAUAUUCUCAAGCAGUCUCCAGGGAGCGAUGGAGAGGGCCGCAAGCCCAACAAACUUCAGAAAAAGCGUAUCUCUGGCUCUGCUCUUUCAAGCGCACACUCUUCAAGCCAUUCGUUGCAUGAAGACUCGAGAGAUGCGACACAGAAGUCCUCGGUGCAGCCAGCAGUUGUUCAGCAUGCUGGGGCUCCCUUGGAAAGGCUUGAAGAAAAGCCCACAGAAUCAUAUACGCAGUCACCACCAGAAGCGAAUACCGCACAAGGGACUCCUCAGCGCAAUGUCCCAGACACUGUGCUGAAGCCACCUCUCUCGCCAUCGAAUUCCUUCCAUUCCCAUACUGACCAAUCGGAUGCUGAUCUGGUGGGUGAUGAUAUGCCAUCCACCGAAGAACCGGAGAAGAAGAAAAGGAGCCGCUGGAGAUUUUCACGCACCCAAAACAAAUUGGAGCAACCAUCAACACCUGGCAGCAUCAAUGCGUUGGGUGCAAUGUCAGGGAGAGAAAAUGCCAUGUCUCGAUCAACUAUAGGCAGUGGUGGAUCACAGCCGCGUAAAAGCUUCCAGGAGCCCCCGCCCAUGUCCGCUGUUGCUACCGACCCUAUCUCCGAGGAUCCUGAGUCCUUCGCCACCCCGACCACACAGACUACUACUGCUUCUGAUACGCUCUUUUCCGACUCGGAACGCGAGCGAAAGGGACCGAUGUCCUGGCUGCGCAACAAGAUACAGGAGCGCAAAGACAAGGACGUCGAGAAGCGCGCAAGGACUCCAGAGCGAGGUCACGAGCGAAACAAAAGCAGGCAGGAUCUUGGCACUCCAAGUGAAGAUCGAAUUUCCGGACGCGGCCGAUCAUUUGAACAAGGUCGCAGUGCUUCAGGGGCUACAACAACACAAUCGACAGGUGCAAUAGGCACGCAACAGCAGACGACAGAUCCUGUCGACAUCACGCAACCUGCGAGUGCAAAUGGUAACGGUUCGCGAGAUACUGCCAGACCACAAGAUACUGCGGUAGGCACAGACGGACAACGAGCCGGCCAGUAGCGAUUCACAGCGCCUCUGAUUUUGACUGACGUUUGACGACAGCGGAAAGAUGUGAUUGUAUUUGCGUUGAAACGAUGAUGCUAUUCAGCAGAUGGAGGAGUCUGGGACACUUAUAUCUACGGAAGCUGGACGCUGUUUCCGCCGAACCAGUUCUCAUUGAUAAACUAUGUCUAUAAUGAUGAAGAGAAUGACGUACGAUAGCACCACUUCCAGCACUUAUUCCUGGUUGCGAUCGAUUCCAUUACUGCGCCCACGAGCCCAACGUUGAGAAUACGGAUUUUGUUCUUUUUGUUUUAAUGGCAUAGUCGAUGAUGAUUGGCUGGAGUUGUUGCCGUGCCGUGAACAGGUUGCAGGCACCUUGGGUGAUAAAAAUAGACGGUGACAAUGCAACUGCAACUGUAGCUCUGC